CGACGCUCUCCGGCCGGUGACGCAAAUUUCCCGCCCUCACUUCUGCCAUCCCGUGUGUGUGAAAGUGAUCAAACAAGUGUUUCCACGGGUAUUUUUUUUAUUUUCUUACGUCUUACACUCUCCGGUUGAACGAUGCCUUCCACGGACGACUGGCUCAACAACCCGCUCGGUGUCGUUGAAGGGAUGUUUGCUGCUUCUCAGAACACUCCAAACUCUGGGUGGGCGGCGAAAGCCGUGGCGUUCUUCAAAGACCGUCUGAAAGAGAAGGACGCUCAUACCUGGGUCCCGUCUCUGAACGAUGUCCCGCUUCACUACCUGAAGCCAAACAGCCUGGUGAAGUUCCGCUGCUUCAUCCAAGACAUGUUUGACCCAGAGUUCUACAUGGGAACGUACGAGGCGGUCGAUCCGUCUACGAAGGCUAAAGUGUUGCGAUGUGGGAAGUACAAAGAUGUGACGGAAUGCGGGGUGGAUUUUAACUCCAGAAGCACGAUGACCGCGGAGAGACACACUUUCUACUGUGUGCCGAUCCCCGGAGAAAGUCCGUGGGUGAAAGAGGGCUACGCCGGCUCCAGCCAGGCACGGGUGGUGCCCUCCACCUCGUAUGCACCGACGAGACAGAAACGUAGCUACGAGGAGGACGACGACGACAUGGACACCGACACGCAACCGCAGAAGCAGAGGGAGCCGCACACCGGUCCUCACAGUCCAACAGAACCGCACGGCAAUGGCGACUGUAAGCGGCGGGAGAAGGAAGCUCCCUCCAGCCAGGCGGCAUCCGCCUCCCAUCUCGACCUCAACUUCCCCCUACCAGGAGAGAAAGGCCCCUCCUGCCUCCUCAAGGUGUACGAGGAAUGGGACGGCUUCAAACUGAACGAGGCAGUGGAGGUCUUCGGAAUCCUCUCCGUGAGCCCUGCUCUCAGCGCCCUGGCCGACGAAGACGCCUCCUCGUCCCUCCUGGACCCCGCGGGCGGCAUGGAGACGGCAGAGGAGCAGAGGGUGCACAGCCCGCCGGCCUCGCUCGUCCCUCGCCUCCACAUGCUCCACGCCAAGCCGCUGCCACACAACAACCCCCUGCUGCCGGCCGCCGGCUUGGAGGACAACAACAGUGCCUUUUUAUCUUCGACGCUGAGAGAGAUGGCCGCCGUCAGGGCCGAGCUGCUCGCUUACUUCACUCACGUCCUCCUGGGAGACGCCCUGGCUGCCGAAUACCUCAUUCUGCAUCUCGUUUCGAACGUGUACACUAGGCGGGAUGUCCUCCCACUGGGCAAGUUCACCUUGAACCUGAGCGGCUGUCCGGCGGUCGCCUCGUUUACCGAACGCUUCUACCAGAUCAUCCAGCAGCUCGUGCCGUCUUCGUACUACCUGGGCAUGACCCUCCAGAAUAUGAACCAGAUGCGGUUAGUGCCAAAAAAGGACUAUGUGGCCAACCGGCUCCUGAGUGGGGCCCUGCAGCUGGCCACAAACACUUCCCUCUUCCUGGAUGAAUCCCAGCUGGAGCAGGGACAGCUGGAUACAACAGGUGUGCGUAACGUCACGGCCCUGGGGAACCUGAUCUCGUGGCAGAAGGUUGAUUAUGACUUCAGCUACCACCAGAUGGAAUUCCCCUGCAAUAUUAAUGUGCUCAUCGCGUCAGAGGGCCGCUCGCUGCUGCCGUCAGACUGCCAGAUACACCUACAGUCUCAGGUUGCCCCACCCGACUUGGAGGCGUAUCUCGGCGGCAUCCAAGUGCAUCCGCAGGCCUCCCAGCUGAACAAGUUCAGGAUGUACCUGAGCGUGGCUCGGCAACUGGACUACAGCAUCGCCGAUGAAGUGACAAAGUCAGUUGAGGAUGACUUUGUAGAUAUGAGGAAGGACGACCCCCAGAGCAUUUCUGCUGAGGACCUCCACAGGAUGCUUGUUGUGGCGAGGUUGCUGUCUCUGAGUCUGGGACAGACCUCGCUGUCCAGAGACAGCUGGCUCCGAGCCAAACAUGUGGAGAUGCUGCGGAGGAGCCGGAUGGAGCAGAACAAGUGCGUCAACGGCAACGAGCCGUGAUCAAACAAGAUGGCAUUUCUUUUUGAUACCGGGGGGGGGGGGGGGGGGGGAUGGAUGUUUUUUCAUGUGUCAUAUAGUUCAAGUUGUGUUCAACUUCACAGAAUGGAGUUGCAGACACGAUUUGAAUAUAUUUUCACUUUGUACUCAUUUUGCCUUAAUGUCUCAGCCUGCUGCGAGGACCAUGCCCGUGAUUUAUGACCAACAUUGCCACCUCCAAAAAUGGAAAUAAAGUUAUGGGCUCUGGAGAAUUCUUUCUUAUAA